UGUGUCUGUCCCUUUCCCUGCCCUUCUCUCUUCCCCUCUCUUUUCUCUUUGACUGGUCUCAAAGCACAAGGUAGCUGACAGCCUCACUAUGGACCCCAAGGAGGCCAGUGGGAGUGAGAAGGAGAAGGAAAAAGAGAAGGAGAAAGUAAUAAAGAGGAGGAACCGGCCUGUGUUCCUGCGUUACCUGGAGAGGAGAAAGACGGACACUAUUGUGGCUGAUGACAUGGCCAAAGGUGACAUCAACCUGGGGACGCUGGUGAGGAGGAGUCAGUCUGACAAGACGGAGUACAGCGCUAAACUUAAAGAGAAAAUGACACCACAUGACCUGUCCACACCUCCGUCUCCAGCCCUGGACCUUGAGGAGGUUCGUUUGAGGAAGAUGAACCGCAGGGCGAAGAUCAUCCAGGAGCUUGUGCAGACUGAAAAGGACUACCUCACAGACCUGGAGCUGUGCAUCAGAGAAGUGGUCCAGCCUUUACGAAACAUGCAGGUUGUGGAUAUAGAUCGGCUGUUCACCAACACGGAGACAGUGUGUGAGGUAUCUGCAGCCCUCCUUCACAGACUGCAUGAGGCCAUGGCUGAGCCUGAUCCAGAGGCAGUGGUCAUAGGAGAAGUAUUCAUCCAGGCGAAGGCAGCUUUAGAAGAUGUAUAUAAGAUUUACUGUUACCAUCACGAUGACGCCAACAUGUCACUCAAAUCCUAUGAGAAAGAGGAAGAAAUAAAGCAACAUUUCACCACAUGUGUUUUAGCACUGAAGUAA